AUGGCUGGCCCUGGUGGUGGACCUCCUCGCAAGAGCCAUACCAAGUCGAGAAAGGGUUGCAAAACUUGCAAGAGAAGACACAUUCGUUGUGAUGAGACCAUGCCGCAAUGCCGAAACUGCACCAAGCAUAACUGCAGAUGUGAUUACAUGGAUAAUGUUCUCGCUCAUGAUGCCACCAACAAUGCCAGAAGCCCGGAUCUCCUCAUGUCUCCAGAGAUUGAGCUAGAGAUUCAGAACUGGCAAAAGUCCGGGAAUCCACCUUUUCCUGAACUACAGCUUAGCACACGAGCUUAUUGGUAUAAGUUCUCUCGCACGGAUCUACGACUCAUUCACCAUAUUGCAGGUCUGUCGAUUGACCUGCACCGAAGAGGCUACAGUAACUGUACUGUCUGGGCCCAGAAGAUGCCUAUCUUCCUUACUAUUGCCCUAUCCAACGACUUCGUUAUGAGUUCUAUUCUGGCGCUCUCAGCUUCACAUAUUGCCUGGAUGACCCAGAAUCAAGACACUGAGAAUCUUGCCUACCAUCACCGAGGUGUUGCCAUCAAGGGCCUUCAAGAGGCCAUUAGUUCGUUCUCACGCGAAAACUCGGACGCAAUUCUCGCCUCAUCCUUGCUCUUGUCAUGGCAAUCCACUGAAUGGCGAGGUUGGGCAUCUCUUCAGCAAGGAGUUUCAACAGUUUUGAACUCGAUGGAAGCUUGGUGGAAGGAAGAGUCCGAACUAGCCAGAUUUAUGGAUGGUCAACGAGCAUUUCGAAGUGCCCGAACUCCCCUAACCCCAACCUACCCGGGCAGCAUGGGGCAUUUCCCGAACGAAGACAUCAUGAGGUUGGAUAGAGUUAUCGUCAACCUACAGAACAUCCACCAGCGGAUUUCUCAUAACCAAGAACAUUUCCGCAGGAUAACGGACCUACUCGCAUUCACUCAACGGUUGCGAGACGAGCUACCCAUCCAGUCACCAGAGAAGGCUUUCGAAAGGCUUCAGCCUCUGCGUAUCUGGCUUUUUUGGCUUCCUUCGGCAAUGUUGCGAGGUGGAGAAACAGAUCUCGGGGCUCUUUCCGUACUCUCUCAGUUCUUCGGCGUCGCCCUCGCGUUGGAGCCACUUUUCCCAGAGUUCGGCGGAUCAUAUCUCGGCUCUAUGGCUGUCAACCAAAUCGAGGAGAUUAGACGAAUCCUAUACCACAGACGUGCCGCAAACCCCUUUGCACCCGAGAUCCAACUUGCUCUCAGCUUGAUGGAUCUUCCAGCAGAAACAGUAGCUGAGUACCGCAGUCGCCUUCAGUGGUCACCAAGAUCAUCCUUCGAUGGAUACCCUACGGGAUCACACAGCCCAUAUCACCAUGCGCUUCCAACUCCCCAUCUGCCUCACCUCCCAGCUACAUCUGCGGCUAUAGUCAGUCCUACCACCACUGCCUACCCUGCAUAUACCACCUCGCCGCUUCAUUCGCCCAUGACACCAGCCAUCGUCGGUUCGCCAUACCAAAUGUCGAAUGCGAUGCUUCACUCACGACGCCAUUCUCAAGUAUACCCAUCGCCCACCCUUCACCAUGAUCCGGUAGAGGAUCGUAUUCCCGAAUAUAAGCAGCCAGAACAACCUGCGAUGUUCAAUCCUGCUUAUCUCGGAAAUCUUAUCAACGGGGGCCCGACAAUCGGGACGGAUUACCAUGAUUCCCCCCCAGUUACUGUAACAGGAGGGUUGGUCGCUCCGGAACUCUGCUGGACUUGA